CGCGGCGCGCGGCGGGCGAGAAAACAUGCGUCAGAAUCAUCACCCACUCCGCCAUCCACUGGGCGUCGGGGGGCUCGGUGCACGUGAGGCGACGGGCGGGAAGCGGGAUGGGUCUGUUGCGAAGGCACGUGGUGGAGUGGAGGACCAGCUUUGGCCGGAUAAGCACCGCCCGAGAGACAUCUCGUGUCUGGCGGUUCACUCGAAGAAGGUGGAUGAGGUCCGACACUGGAUGACCCUGGCGCUCGCCGCGCGGCCGGGAAACGAGGAGGCUUGCCGUGUGUUGGCCCUAGUGGGACCCCCGGGCUCGGCGAAAUCGACCAUGGUUAGGCUGCUGGCCCAAGACAUGGAUGUCGAGCUGGCGGAGUGGCAGGGGGGCCCGGCGUAUCGACCUUUCGCCGACGGCCCAGCCCUCAGCGGAGAGAGGCCCCGCUACGAGUUGGGCAGCAGCUACCAGAGCUCCAUCGACUCGUUCGAGGAGUUCAUGAAGAGGUCCUCCUACCGCGCGCUGUCCGUACUCGCCGUGAAACCAAGCAAAGCUGGUGCCGGCGCUGGCAGUCGGGCGGGCGCCAGCGACGUUGGCGGCAGCGGCGGCGCUGGCGCAGGCGGCGGUGGUGGCAAGAGGCGGCGUGUGGUGUUGAUCGAGGAGCUGCCCGAGGUGUGCGGGGAAGAGAAAAAGGCGCGGAUGAGGAGCCUGAUUGCGGAGUGCGCUCGCUCGAGCCCCUCCCCCGUGAUCAUCUGCUGGAGCCAGGCUUCGGAGUCGGCGUCUUACCAGUCUAGGCUGGAGCAGGUGCUCUCCCGCGAGACCCUCAGGAUGCCCGGGGUGCAGAUCACCACGUGCAACCCUAUAAAUGCCACGCUUCUGCGGCAGCAUCUGAAGGGAGUUCUGGCACUGGAAGGCGUGUCGGACCCAAAGGGAACGCUUGUGCAGAGCGCCAUCACCACUUGUGCAGGGGACAUACGGCACGCGCUUCUGAACCUGCAGAUGAGUGUCGGCGGCAGGGGCCGCAGUGGCUCAACCGCUGCCGCCAAGGCCGCCGCCGCUGUCGGGCGUUCCAACGGAGGACGUGGCCAAGCCAUGCUUUCAGGGGCGGCGGCGGAUGCGGCGGCGGCGGCGGCGGCGGGGCUAGGCGGAAGGAAGAAACGAGGAGCCGGGGUUUCCAAGUCUUGCGCGGUGGGGGCGGCGGCGGGCGGAACCGGGCAGAGGGACACGUUCUUGACGCAGUUCCACGCGCUCGGGAAGCUGCUGUAUGCCAAGCGCAACCCGCCCGAUUCUGACGGAGCGGGUGGUUGGCCGACGACGGGGGCAGGGGGGGAGCGUGGUGAUGGUGGCGUUGAGGGACGGGGCCCCCUGGCGUUCGUUCCGGAGGAGGUGCUGUCGCAGGGCGGGAUGGAGCUGGACUGGGCGUUGGCGUUCCUGCAGUACCACUGCGUUGAUUUCUACACGGAUGAGAGCGAACUGUCGCAAGGGCUCGGCUACUUCUCCGAUGCGGACGUCUUCGCGUCCAGGAUGUUCGACUCCUCGAGAGUGAGUUAG